AUGGCUAAGCUUAACAUCCCCUGGUCGAAUGUGAACAGUGAGAGAGACAUAAUCAAUGUGCUAGUGUGGAAUCGAUGGAUACUACGAAUUCUUGGAAUCUGGCCGUUGGUAUAUUCGAAUACUACAAUGAUCGAGAAGAUAUUAGCGACGAUAUCAUUCGCGUUAUGUUGGUCCGCGCUCAGUUUUCUUUUGAUUCCCAUGAUCAUCGUUACGCUUUCGAAACACAGUGCCACAAGCGACAAAAUUAAAGUAUUAGGUCCGUUAUGUUACGUGUUUGUCGUGACGUUAAAAUAUUUCUUCCUGGUCCUUCAUCAUAAGAGUAUCCAGCAAUGCAUUCGCAUACUGAGUAUUGAUUGGCGUACAAUCCAGCAAGAGGAUCAUCGAAAAAUCAUGAUUAAAAACGCAGCGAAAAGCCAUGUGUUAUCCAAGUUUAGUAUAAUAUUCAUGUAUUGCGGAGGCUUGUGGUUUCAUGUCGUGAUGCCGUUUCUGCCGCAUAUUAUCAACAAGCAGAAUAUCACUACCAAACCAAUGCCUUUUGCCGGCUUCGACAACGUUUUCAACUUCCAUUUAAUGCCAGUUUAUAUGUUUGUUCUUUGCGCGCAAUGGUUUUCCGGCAUCGUAUUGUUCAACGUCACCACGGCAGUGUGCUGCUUAGCAGCCAUGUUCGUAGCUCACGCUUGCGGCCAAAUCGAGAUCGUAAUGGAUCGCGUAGAAAGUUUUAUAAAAGGUGCACAAAGCAAUCACAUGAAGCAAUGUAUGGCAAUUAUUGUAAAACAUCACGUGCAGUCAUUGAGAUUUUCAGUCGACAUCGACAAGAUUUUACGCGAGAUAGGUUUGGUUGAAAUAGUAGGAGCAACAUUGAUUAUAUGCUCACUGGAAUAUUACUGCAUCACGGAGUGGAAUAACAACGAUAGCAUAGCUAUUUUGACAUAUUUCUUUCUAUUAAUAUCGUUUGUCUUCAACGUUUUCACGCUUUGCUACAUUGGUGAACAGUUAACAAGUCAGUGCAGUAAAAUUGGAUAUACUUCGUAUGAAAUCGAGUGGUACCAUUUACCAGGAAAAAUUGCACUCGAUCUUACGUUAAUAAUCAGCAUAUCGCAUCAUCCUGUAAAAAUUAGUGCAGGAAAAAUAGUUAGUCUUUCGUUCUCGAGUUUCGGUUCCGUUCUAAAAACUUCAAUUGCGUAUCUAAACUUGCUUCAAAAAUUCAUUUGA